AUCAAAACCUAAAACCUCAGCAACUCGCUUACAAAAUAAGCGGGUUUUGGUGGCGAGAGCUGCUGUCUGUAUUAUUCAACAAUUAGGGACGCGGGCGCCCUUUCGAUUUGGUUAGUGACAGAUAUAUCGACAAUAUCAGACACCGGAUACCACUGCCGAGGAAUUGUUUGAUAUAUUUUGGAAUCAUUAUUUGAGUAGACUGAAAGCAGAAUAAUUAGAAUAUUAUGGCACCAGUCCGUUGGCGGCCAUAGAUCUAGAGCAGAGCGUAUUCUGAGGCCCAUGUCUCUUCUCUGGAAGCCCUAGAACCAGUGUCAUCCUCCUCCUCUUCUGUUGGUGGUGGCUUCCCCUGUAGGACCAUGUCGGCAGCACAGACUCAGAAGGACGGUGAAGGCCCCUGGGGACUGGAUUCCUUGGGCCUGAGCCAGAGAGAGUUGGUAAUGGCUGAAGCUCUACAGAUGGAGUAUGAUGCACUGUCAAGACUUAAACAGGACAAGGGUGGGGACAGCCAGGGGACCAGCUGCCAGGGGGUUGGGAAGCUACCUACGCUACCCCCUAGGGAGGGCCAGAGCCAGAUCGAUCGCCCCCUCCCACCCUGCCCCAGCCCUCUUCCUCCAGGAGGGAGUUUGCUAAGAGGGCUGUCUGGUUCGGACCCAUUCCUCAACCACCUUCAGCCUGGGGGGUCCCACUCCCCACGUCCCUCCCCAGCCAGAGCCACUCCUCCUCUGGGAAGCUACAGCAAAGAGCCCCUCUAUAUCCUGGAGAGUUCAGGGAAGGGGGACUACCUGAACUCCAGCUAUGGGCACUCAGGGUCUAGCUAUGGUUCUCCUCUGACUCUGCUUAAAGGCUUCCCCCCUCCUCCGGAUGACCCUCCUCCUGCUGUACCCCCAAGGACCCCUCUACCCCCCUCCACUGAGCUCUUCCCACCCUCCCGACGCACUGUGGCGCCCCGGGAUGUCAACCUGUUCACCCCUGAGGUAGACCAGCCCAAACUGUCGUCAGGGGAGAUGCACAACUACGAGAGCCUCAACGAUGCCCUCUCCAAGCUCAAUGGGGAUUGGCUGGCGCCAAGGGGUAGGCGGGCCAACGGGGACCAAUCAGGGAAGCCGGUGGCACGGAGUAAGACCCUCCCCCCUCAGGUGCCCCCCCGCACUUACGUACCUAUCCAGAAGAGCAACAAGAACCAGCGCAGAGUGUCGGCCGACCCGGUGUCUCUGGCCCCCAGGCUUAAUGGUUUCGGCUAUGAGCUCUUCCAGGUGUCAGAGGAAAGAGAUGAGGAGGUGGCCGCCUUCUGUCACAUGCUCGACGUGUUGCGGUCGGCGUAUCCAAGCAGCGACCCCUCUAACAACUCUGGGUUUGUGUGGUCGCCUUCAGUGGGGCCUGAAGAGUUGCAACAGGGGUUAGGGGUCAGCGUCAAAGUUACGGUCAUCAGCGACCACAUCAGAGAACCACUCACCUUCACCUGUGAUGGGUCAUCCACAGUGGACUUGUUGAUCUACCAGACGUUGUGUUAUGCUAAUGAGGACCUGGACCACAUCGACGUCGACCACUACCUGCUCAAGGUCUGCGGUCAAGCUGAGUUCCUAGAGAAUUCCCAGACGUUGGCAGAGUUGGAGUAUAUCCAGCUGUGUCUGAAGUUUGACUGGGACAUUCGUCUUUUCCUUACCAAGAGAGGCUCUAUCAACACAGAACUGGGCCGCACGGAGGAUGAUGAUGACACGCCCUCUACGAUGAACCACGGCAUUCUGCUGCAGGAACGACCAAUCAGACAGACCGUUACUAGAGAGGCUUUGACUCUGCUGCUGGAUACCUUUCACAACGAGGCUGAGUCCUUUCUACUAUCAGAGGUGGAGCUUGUGUUGCAUGUGGAACGGUUGGUCCAAUCAGUGAAGGCUCUCUGCAGCUCGCUGGCUGCUGUGGAAACGCCUGACAUCACUUCCGCCCUCAACCAGCUCCCAGCAUGCCCCUGUCGUCUGCAGCCUAGAGUCCAGAAGGAUCCGUCACUGCUGGCCAUCAAAGAGAACAGAGAGAAAGUGGUGGAGAAGCUGACGGCAGCCAUUUUGGAUCUGGUGGAGCUGUACUGUAGCACGUUCAAUGCUAACUUCCACACCACGGUGCAGAGCAACCGGCACACGUCACCCACACAGGAAGCAGGCCUGGUCACCAACGUCCUGUCUUUCAGCGUCUACGCUGCACAUCGCAUCCCCAUCACAUGGGCUGCCAGCUACGAGGGCUUCUUCCUGUCAUGCUCUCUGACCCAUGGAGGGGCGGAACUUUGUGCCCCGCAGCACACCAGCAAACAGCAGGUCAGCAAGUACCUGUUUCACCUGGUGGUCUGGGACCAGAGGGUGUGUUUCCCAGUGCAGAUUAACCAGUUGCCAAGGGAGACCCAGCUGACGGUGACUCUGUAUGCCAGCGCUCUACCACCCCCUGGAGGUGCGGAGGAGAAGGGCAGCAAGCAGCGGAGGAGCAUCGACUCUCUGGGCUGGGUCACCAUGCCCCUCUUCAACUUCAGACACAUCCUGACGUGUGGGAGGAAGCUACUGGGUCUGUGGCCUUCCACCCCAGGAAGUAACACUCGCUCCAGCUCCCCCAACUUCAGCCAGCCUGACAGCGUCAUCCUGCAGGUGGACUUUCCCACGUCGUCGUUUGAGGUGCGCUUCAGCACCCCCCCUCCCGCAGAGUUCAGUCCUCAGUAUGACUUCUCCAGACUCGACCAGCACAGCCAGAGACAACUGCAGGAUGUACUGCACAAGAAAUCACUCUUCUGGUUGACUCCAGAGGACAAGCGUCUGUUGUGGGAGAAACGUUCGUUCUGCCAGUCAGAGAGUGGUGCCCUGCCUCUGGUGCUGGCUAGUGCCCCCCGCUGGGAGUGGGCAUGCCUGUCAGAUAUCUAUGCCCUGCUCCGCCAGUGGGCAUGUCUCAACCACCACGACGCACUGGGCCUUCUGCAUGCCACCUUCCCUGAUCAGGAGCUGAGGCGUACUGCAGUACAGUGGAUGGACACCAUCUCUGACCCUGAGCUGCUGGACUUCCUGCCUCAGCUGGUGCAGGCUCUGAAAUAUGAGUGUUACCUUGACAGCCCGUUGGUGCGUUUCCUGCUACGGAGAGCCAUAGGGGACAUGCGCAUCGCACACUACCUCUUCUGGUUGUUGAAGGACACUCUGCAGGACAGUCAGUUCAGUGGGAGGUACCAGCACCUGUUAGCAGGCCUGCUGUGCUGUGUGGGUCGGGGUCUCAGGGAGGAGUUUGACAGACAGUGCUGGCUGGUCACCAUCCUGGCUAAAGUAGCCCAGCGUGUCCGGGACACCUCUCCCUCCAGCAGACAGGCCAUCCUUCGGGAGGGACUGGAGGAGGUCAGGCAGUUCUUCUCAGUCAGCAGCAGCUGCCGUCUCCCCCUCAACCCUGGCAUGCUGGUCAAAGCCGUCAACAUACAGUCGUGUUCCUACUUCAACUCCAAUGCCGUGCCCCUCAAACUGUCCUUCCAGAACCUGGAUCCUCGAGGAGACAACAUCAACGUCAUCUUCAAGUCAGGUGAUGACCUGCGCCAGGACAUGCUGACCUUGCAGAUCAUCCGCAUCAUGAACAAAAUCUGGAUCCAGGAGGGACUGGACAUGAGGAUGGUCAUCUUCAGAUGCUUCUCUACUGGACGAGGCAGAGGUAUGGUGGAGAUGAUUCCCCAGGCUGAGACUCUGAGGAAGAUCCAGGGGGAACAUGGAGUGACUGGUUCCUUUAAGGACCGCCCCCUGGCUGACUGGCUACAGAAACACAACCCUACAGAGGACGAGUACGAGAAGGCUGUGGAGAACUUCAUUUACUCGUGCGCAGGCUGCUGCGUGGCCACCUACAUCCUGGGUAUCUGUGACCGCCACAACGACAACAUCAUGCUGAAGACCAGCGGUCACAUGUUCCACAUCGACUUCGGCAAGUUCCUGGGACAUGCACAAAUGUUUGGCAACAUCAAACGGGACCGUGCUCCGUUUGUGUUCACCUCUGACAUGGCCUACGUCAUCAACGGGGGAGACAAACCUUCCAGUCGCUUCCAUGACUUUGUGGACCUGUGCUGUGAGGCCUACAAUCUCAUCCGCAAACACGCACACCUCUUCCUCAACCUACUGGGACUGAUGUUGUCGUGUGGCAUCCCUGAGCUGUCCGACCUGGAUGAUCUGAAGUACGUCUACGACGCGCUGAGACCUCACGAGUCUGAGGCUGACGCCACCAUGUACUUCACCAGGUUGAUAGAGUCCAGUCUGGGCAGUGUUGCCACUAAGUUGAACUUCUUCAUCCAUAACUUGGCUCAGAUGAAGUUUGCCUCAUCCGAAGAGCGUCCUGUGCUCUCCUUCGCCCCACGGGUUUACACCCUGAAGACUGACGGACUCAUCCGCAACCUCUUUGUCUGCCGACACAUACGAACCUACAGCCCCAGCAAAGGAUACGCGUUUGUGGUGAAGGUGGAGCGGGAAGGCCAGCAGGGGUCAGUGUUGGUCCAGAGGAGCUUUGAGGAGUUCUAUGAACUACACAGUAAACUACGCCUCAUCUUCCCCUCAUCCAAACUACCCAGUUUCCCCAGCCGCUUUUUGAUUGGGCGGUCUCGAGGAGAGGCGAUGGCUGACAGGAGGAAAGACGAGCUAAACGGAUACGUCUGGCAUCUGGUGCAUGCUGCGCCAGAGGUCGCCCAGUGUGACCUCAUCUACACUUUCUUCCAUCCUCUGCAAAGAGACGAGAAACCUGGAACAGUGGUGAACACACUGCAGAGCAAACCUGCAGAGAUCUGUUGGGGUCCAGUCUCGGGCAAAGUGGUAGGAGAGGUCAAGCUCUCCAUCUCCUAUAAGAGUGACAAGCUCUUCAUCAUGGUCAUGCACAUACGAGGCCUGCAGCCCUUGCAGGAUGGGACAGACCCUGACCCCUACGUCAAGCUGUACCUCCUCCCAGACCCCCAGAAAACCGGCAAGAGGAAGACCAAGGCUGCGAGACGCACCUGCAACCCCACCUACAACGAGAUGCUGGUGUAUGACCGUAUCCCUCGCGGGGACCUGCAGCAGAGGGUGAUCCACCUGCGGGUGCUGGGGGAGGGUGCGUUCUGGGAAAACACCCUGCUGGGCGAGGCCUUCAUCCCCCUGAAGACCCUGACAGCCGGGCAGUGCUGGGCAGACUGGCACCAGCUGGGCACGCCCAGCACCGACUCCACACGCUGAGAAUGAGAGUCGGAGGUGGAGGGUGAGAGGGAGAGAGGAACGACUGAUCAGGUUGUGAGUGCGUUCAGUUGUUAUGGUCAGAGCUGUCCAGCUUCUCGGGCUGGUUUAUUCCCCCAGUGGGGGUGUGUGUGGACCCGUAUCCUGCCCAGGUGGGAUGUGUGUGUCCUAUGUAGAUUUGAGUUGUGUUUGUGUGUCUGUAGACUCAUUGACUCAUUCACUCCCGAGUGGCGCAGCUGUCUAAGGCACUGCAUCUCAGUGCAAGAGGCAUCACUAUGUUCCCUGGUUUGAAUCCAGGCUUGUAUCACAUCCGGCCAUGAUUGAGAGACCCAUAGGGCGGCACGCAGUUGGCCCAGCAUUGUCCGGGUUUGGCCGGGGUAGGCCAUCAUUGUAAAUAAGAAUUUGUCCUUAACUGACUUGCCUAGUUAAUUGAAGGUUAAAUUUUAAAAAAUAUAUAUAAUUGACGGUCAAUCGUCACUGGACACUGUAUCCAUGGGACUGUACUGGACUGUAUGGACCUACUUUAAGACUCUCUGAUCACCAUAAGAAGGGACAACUGGGUCAUGUGAAGAACCACUCUGACUUCCAGAAGACAUUUCUCUGGUAACAACAUGGCCUCCCAAGACCAGGCAGCACGGGGGACCAGUGGGAGGAAGCAGAGGGCAUUGUUACUCUGUGAAAACAUGGACCGCUUCUUUCCCCUUUAUCUCGGGCCAACGAAGAGACGUCCAUCUUACCGCCUGGCGGAAAAUACUUUGAAACGGGUCUGGUCCCCUCCAAAGUCCUGUCCUUUAAAAGACUUUGAAACGGGUCUGGUCCCCUCCAAAGUCGUGUCCUUUAAAAGACUUUGAAACGGGUCUGGUCCCCUCCAAAGUCCGGUCCUUUAAAAGACUUUGAAACGGGUCUGGUCCCCUCCAAAGUCCGGUCCUUUAAAAGACUUUGAAACGGGUCUGGUCCCCCCCAAAGUCCUGUCUUUUAAAAGACUUUGAAACGGGUCUGGUCCCCUCCAAAGUCCUGUCCUUUAAAAGAGAACCGUAAGUUAUUUAUUUUUCAAGCGUUACCCUUCUGUUAGUGCCGCUCCAUUUCGAGCUCUGUUUGGGUGUGUGUGUGUGUGUGUGUGUGUGUGUGUGUGUGUGUGUGUGUGUGUGUGUGUGUGUGUGUGUGUGUGUGUGUGUGUGUAAAUGAUUUUGAUUUCUGUGUGUACCCCAGAUUUAUGCAGAUCGUGAUAUGUGAAUUAUGUUGGAUCCAGUCUUUCUGAUUUGAGAGAGAGGGCGUAGAUGCUUUUGUGUCAUUGUGGGGUAGAGAUGUACAGUACCAACCGGACCUGCCUAUGGUUUGGGUCCUCCCUAACACAUUUUAAAGACUCACGUGACUUUUGUCCACUCAGCCUGAUUCAGUAGCUCCUCUGCAUUAGAACUUGUUGGAGUGUGCGCUGGUUUGGGUGUGUGUUUGUGUCUCCCAUUGUUGACUAGCUGUUGUAAUCCAAGCCUUACCUACGCUUCAUUUCGCCGUUUGAUGAUAAUUGACACCGGUCGCUAAUCGAAUUUUAAAUGUAGUACUGUGCGUUGACAUAACAAUGUUGUCUUCAUGGGAGAAUCCUCAAAUCUCAAACGUUUGUUCAAAAAUGUUUCUUAUAUCAACGCCUUUAGAAUAUUAUUUUGUUGUCGUUGCAUGAGUGCUUCUACGUCUAUGUGGGGAAAAUCAGAUGAUUUGCUGGCCUCACGGAUAAACUGCCUGAGCAAAGAAAAGCUCUUUCAGACACAAAACUCUCACACCAUUCCGACUGUAUGCAGUGGAAAUGUUUCACUUGGUUUUAUUUCUCGUGCAUUUUGAACUUACAUUUGACUUUCGUGGCUUUUUCAAACGACAAAGUGAUCCUGUUCAUGUGUUAUACAGUACUGUAGCUAUAAGAGGAGGGGGGGGGAACAGUGACAGAAGUGCUGACGAAGCAAAUCAAGGUUUUGACUACGUGCACAUUGCUCAACUCAGGUGUGUCUUUCCUCGGGAGAUACUCAGUGAUUUGAUAGUUUGCCAUUUUUGGCAUUGAUAUCCCGCUCUCAUUUUCUUGUGUAAGAGCUGGACACUCUGUCCUUGUUUCGAUGGCAGACAGACACUGUGACCUUUCGCAAUGCAAAAUGGCCGCUUUCAGUGGGAAAAUCUGCUUGUGGGCAGAGUUGUUGCUAUUGAGAGGGGAUUAUCAAGGUUAACUCAUGAAUUGAGCAAGAAGGGUUGACCUGUAAGAAAAAUAUAUAUAAAUAACUAGGACAAGGUUUAUUCCUGGUCAGGAAAAAACAACACCUGGUGAAAUAUGGUUAAUCGGUGAAGGAAGUUUCUAUAACAGAGCAGCUAUCGGUAAGAUAAGGACAUCUUGGUGUCCGAUGUUUUCAGAUCACAAUACAAUUACAGACGAAUACAGGUUAAGGCUGGCUUUCUAAGGCGUUGAAAUGUAACGCGUAUUUGUUUGGAUCAUUAAACAUACCCGCAUCCAUUGCAAGGAAUAUUUAGAUGCUAUUUGUUUUGGUUUGGUUGCAUAGGCUUUGACAUAACAUACAAUUCACCAAAUCUCUGAAAAUGUUUCUUCAUUCAGUAAUCAUGAAGAGUAGCUACAUCACUGUUUUAGAAACAAGGGUAGACAGUUUGAACAGGUGCGUGUUAGAAAUGACAAGAGGAGCUUUUCGACUAAAGGUUCGCCUAUCUCAGGCUUAAGUGCAGUAAUCACACAGGACCAGCAUGCUUAACCUGAACCAACCAGUUUAACCACUGCUCUCAUUAAAAAAACACAACACUUUAUUUGACUGCCCUUUGAAUGUGUCUGGUGGAUAUUUACAUAUUUGGUUUCGUUUCUAGAACAGGAAGAAUAUUCCCUGGGUGUGUUUCACUACAAUCUGAAUGGCUAUAAUGUGGCUAUUGGCUCUUAGUGUGACAUUUUUAAAUGAUUGAAAUAUGACUUUCUCCAUAUUGAGUGUUGGUAUUUGUUGUGUGCUAAAAGACUGAUGACCGAUAUUAAAGUCAUUUUAAUUGUUUUUUUUCCUUGUGACAGUUGUACCACUUUGGGGGAAAGGAGAGACACCAUAUGGCUUCCUUCUCCAUGUCUCUUUUUCUUUCUGGUCUUGACACUCUAGCUAAGAGUAGAGUCAAAUAUGGAUCUCUAUGCAGUAUAGGGCUCUGGUUAAAAGUGUUAUGAUAGAAAUGUUGCUCUUGCCUAACAGACCAGUGAUUACACAUGGAAGGAGACCAGGACAGGGGUUGACUGGAAGGCAUUGGGACUCCCAAACCAAGCACCUACAUGCAACAUACCAAGUGUAAAUCUGAAAAUAAUGUAUAGGUCUGAGCAAUAUAGUGUAAAUUCUACCAGAAGGUACCUCUCUAGUUCUUUCAGAUCUAUGUGAAGUGCCUAGGGGUAGGGUCUAGGGGUCAAUUUGGGAUGGGAAAGAGUUUGACCUGAGUCCUUCCAGGUCAGCUCCAAGGGACUGAACUCUGACCUCUAUGGAAUGCUGGGAAAACGAGACCGAAUGUAAGUUCAAAAUGAACUGGCUCUUGUGUACUGUAAAUACUGAGAAUAUCAUUAAUGUGAUUUCUUUAUUUUAUUCAGGAUAUAGUUUUACCCCACUUCUUAUGCUUUAGACUUUAAAAUUGUAUUGCAUUUUCUUAUUUUUUUGACCAUGUUUUGUAAUAUUGUUUGCACUAAAUAAUAACAAAAUAAACUUGAAUCUAAAAGA